AUGGCUUUGCCUACGCCAGAUGCACCUCCCCGGCUGCUGGAGGGCAUUGGAGACUACGCAGAACUUGCGCGAUGCGCCAAGCAGUACCAACGGCGGCGGUCCAUGGCCGAACGUCGGAUUGUGGUUGACAUACUGUUGACCUGCAUUGAUAUUGACAUCCGGGCCUCUGGUGGCAGCUCACCGUUCGUGCUUGAACUCCUUUCGAAUUUCUGCCUGGCGCUGUAUACGGUGGAACUUAUGGCCAUCAUCUUCGUGAAGAGGGUCCAAGUCUUCCAGGACCCUUGGACUUUGCUGGACAUGCUCAUCGUGGUGUUCGGGUUGGUGCAGGUCUUGCUGGGAUUCGUUGGUGUCUCCCUGGACAGGGUCACCAGCCUUCGAAUGUUACGAGUCGUACGGAUAAUGCGACUGUUCCGGCUUUUCCGGAAAUUCGUGAUGCUCAAGGAGUUGCGAAAGCUUAUCCGUAUGACUGCCAGCUGCUUCAAAACACUAUGCUGGUCCUUCCUUUUCUGCUUUGUUGUGAUGACAAGUUGGGCCAUGCUGGCGGUGGAACUGCUGAACCCUUACAUGUCCGAGCUGUCCUACUUCUGGGAUGAUUGUGAAUUUUGCAAGCGCUCCCUGCAAUCCGUGAUGUCCGCAAAUCUCUUACUCUUCAAAACCGUGGUCGCUGGUGACAGCUGGGGCAAGGUGGCCGUGCCGUUGAUCGAGGCACAUCCAUGGACGGCCACCCCAAUUUUCAUCGGCUCACAGCUUUCGAUUGUCUUUGGCGUGCUGAACUUGGUUGUCGCGGUGGUGGUCGACACCUUCGCCGAGCAGCGCACCAAGGAUGUCACAAGCAUGGCUCAGGAGAUGGACGAGGAUGCUGAAGAGGAGCUGCAAGAGCUGGACAAGAUCUUUGCCAAGAUUGACAGCGACAACGAUGGCCAGUUGAGUUGGGAGGAGCUGGUGAAAGGCGCGCAGAAAGUGCGGGAGUUCCAGCACAGGCUCAGGGUAAUGGACAUCGACCAGACGGACUUGCAGCAGCUUUUCUCCAUGCUGGAUCACAACCAGAACAGCACUGUGGAUCCCGACGAGUUCAAGCGGACUCUUGCCAGGUGGGCCUUCGACUCCAAAACAGCCACGCGCUUCGUGCGCUACACCCUGCAGCAGUUGAUGGAUGAUCAUAGCUCUGCGGCCGAGAAGCUCUCAAAGAUGGAGUCGCUGGUCCGCGACAGCUUCCAGGAUGCCCCAGCUCCGCCCCGGCGCCGGCGCCGACGACGCAAGGCAGCGCUGUAG